GUGUCAGAUAGGUUAACAGUAAGUGGUUUGAAGAGAACAGUGUAGUUAUUGUAGAGCAAUAAUAGCGAGUGAAAUUGGAUAUUCAUGACAGUAAAUUGUUGCUUUAAUCAGGUCUUUGGAAAUGAUAGGAAUUAUGAAGGCAUUCCCCAAGUUAUGCCGGAAAGACCCAGUGCCUGCGGAGGAGCUGGUGCCUCUUGCUCUGGGGUCCGACAUCGAGGCGGAUGACGUCAUGUCCGGUCACGAAGCAAACGCCAGUUUUCCUCACACGCCUUUACAGGACGGGUACCCAGUUGAUGGCGUUAAUGGUGACGCGAUUUAUAAGGCGAGACCGGAACCGGAAGUAGAGACGCGUUGCGGGUACUGGACUUGCCGACCGUUAGCAUUGCAGAAGUUGAACAACCCGAGGGCCCUGCUAGCGUGCAUGUGUUUCUUCUGCAUGGCGCAAGGUUUCGUCGUUAACGGUAUCAACAACGUGUCGACCACCUCCGUGGAGCGGCGUUUUCAGUUGCCUAGCAGCCGCGUGGGCAUCAUCCAUAGCGCGUACGACCUGUCAGCCGCCAUACUGGGCAUCUUCAUCAGUUUCAUGGGUUCCGGUCGUCAGAAGGCGAAAUGGCUGGCGAUGGCAUCCGUUACUAUGGCGAUAGGCUCGUUCGUGAUGGCGCUCCCGCACUUCACUUCCGGGCUCUAUGAGUACGGCCGUGACCUUUCAAUGACCUGCAACAAGGAGGACGAAGCAGAUUUUUUAAACCUACACAGUUCUCUGCAGCACUAUCUGUACGUGCUCGUGCUGGGUCAACUGUUGCACGGACUGGGGGGAGCCACGCUCUACACGGUCGGGCUCUCCCUCAUUGACGACAGCGUGCCGGCAACCAGCUCGCCCAUGUACAUAGGUAUAAUGAACGCCUUCGCCACGCUGGGUCCGGCCAUGGGGUACAUACUUGGAGGCCAGUUGCUGGAGAUCUAUGUAGACUUCAAUAGGGUCAACAUUGCAGGUGUAGGCGUCACCUCUGACGACCCCCGCUGGGUAGGCGCCUGGUGGGUAGGGUUUGUCAUUGCCUCCAUGCUCUUCCUGGUUGCCGCCAUUCCUAUAUCUCUGUACGGAGCCGAGCUUCCCACGGCGAAGCUCAUCCGAGAGACCCGGAUAUCCGAGAUGCACGGAGACGACGGAACGCUUCCAGUGGCGGUGACGAGCAAUUCUCGGAAACUCUCGGACCUGCGGCAUCUCCCGGGUGAGAUCCUUCAGCUUCUGAAAAACCCACCCUUCCUGUGCAGUACUCUUGCUGUUGCUACGGAGGGUAUGAUUGCGUCUGGGUUGUCGACGUUCAUGCCGAAGUUCAUACAAAAUCAGUUUGGUGUAACCGCAGGAUGGGCAGCCAUGUUGACUGGUUUCAUGGCGGUUCCCGGCGCGGUAGGCGGCCAGUUUUUCGGCGGCUUCCUAUGCAAGCGUCUGAAGCUGAAAGUGCGUGGAUGUUUCCGGGUCGCUAUCGUCUGCUCGAGCCUCGUCGUGCUGGUUUCCGUGGCGCUGUUGGCAAAGUGCGACCAUAGUCACGUGGCAGGGGUCACACACGGGUAUCCAAAUAGUUCCGGUUCAGUGUUACCCGGUCUUACCGACUCAUGCAAUGCCGGGUGCCAGUGCCACACGGAACUCUACGAGCCAGUAUGUGACACUCAGGCCGGGCUGCAGUACUUCUCGCCUUGUCACGCAGGAUGCGAAGUCAGGUCAUCGGACGGCAAGUCAUACACCUCGUGUUCAUGCAUACUGCCCUCUAACGGCAGCAGUGUGUCCAUGGUUACAAAGGGGAAGUGUGACAACGGAUGUAAGAUGCUCUACGUGUUCCUGCCGAUCAUAUUCAUCGCCAUCUUCCUGCUGUCUACACCGUCGCCACCCGCCGUCCAGGCCACGUUACGAUGUGUCCAUGACAAGCAUAGAACGCUGGGGCUGGGGCUGAAAUGGUUCAUAGUUCGUCUCCUUGGCACUGUUCCGGGUCCAAUAUUAUUCGGAGUCAUCAUUGACAGCACGUGCGUCACGUGGCGGGAAAAGUGCGGUCAUCACGCGUCGUGCUGGAUCUAUGACAACGACCAGCUCAGUCGGAACUUCUUUUUACUAGUCGUAUGCUUAAAGCUCGGGGCGAUAACAAUGUUCAUACUUGCCCACCAGUUAUACAAGGCCCCAAAGGAGAGAGCGGUGAACUAUUCGGUUCAGCACAGCGCCAAUGGGACGCCGGGCUUAAACGUUGAAACUGUUGAGGUUUAACCUCAAGUGCCUUUUCUGUGAUACGGUUUUAAUUUCAUCCGAAAAUUCGAGGGAGACAAAACGAAAGCGAGGCAUGGAUUGAUAUGGUAGUUCUCUUUUAGACAUUGGAUCUCGAGAUGUACACUAGUAACAAGCUUCGAUUUUAAGAUUAUAUUAAAGAGAUUUGGUGUUUGCCUAGCAAACGGGAGGGCACUGGUUCGACUCACCACUUAAAGGUCUUUCCAAAGAAACCAAGGUCUUGUUCUGUUAACGUAUCGGACUCCUGCCGUGUAACGUGCUCCUUCAUUUGCUUUAUUACCGCUACACCUGCAGUCCGGUGAUGAACCGAGCGCUCUACCGACUGUAGAGCCGCCAGUGUCCAUACAGCAUCUCCAGCUUCUUAGAGACGUUCGAUAUAAUCGAGUUUAUCCAAUAAUGCCUAGUGGACUCUCCCAUCCUUCUAAAGUGAAUCAAUCUGUUUCCAAAAUUAGGGAUGUCUAGUAUAUUUUUUUCUAUAUUUAGAAUAUUUCUUACAGAAAUUCCUUUAAGCAAACAGUGCAGACGCAGAUGAGACGCCGCAUCAUGCGGCGUCUCAUCUGGGUCUACGCUGUUUGCCAAUGCUUUUUUUCUAGACGCUAGGAAUAAAUGGGUUAAACAAACAGGUUUAGCAUUUAAAUUAGGAAUGUCGUUAUAUGAUCGUUAGCGGGAAAUAUCGGACACGGAAGACUAACUUAAAAUCUGUGGUGCACUUCUCUGAAACCAUCCACUGAGGCUUGUGGCCUAUGGGUCAACUCGAGUAAAGCAGCAAGAGGCUUGCAUGUGUAAUUGCAGAAAUCCUCUUAAUUUUCUGAAAGGAAUGCUCCGUGUUGCAUUCAUGUUUGUUCUAAUUCAUUAGAAAAUGGUACCAGAUUUUACGCACUUUUUAAUGCGUGCGUGCUAGUGUGCUUUGUGUCCUUAUAAGUAUGCAAUAUUUUACAUGUAAAUGAUCGCAUUUGCAUUUUUAAGAUACACUUUGUGCCACUUAUAACUAUGAAACUGAAUGCAUUAGAUAAUUGCAGGGUGCAAAGUACUUCUGAUAUAUUAUGGUGUUUACUUAUAUCUUACAAAUAGACCCAACUGUUCAUAUAACUUUCCCAUUGGGUCUGUUUCCAAAUAUUUUGAACGUGUUCAUAUUAAAACGAUGUUCUUCCAAAA